CCAGCUCCUCCUCCUCCUCCUCCUCCUCCAUCUCCUCGCUCCCUCCAUCUGCCGUGGGUAUGGCCCGUCGCUGGAGCACAAAAGAGUCUCCGCGGCGGGGGUCGGCGUGGCUCUUGCUUUUCCUCACUGGGGUGUACGGAAAUGGGACUCUUGCAGAACUUUCUGAAAAUGUGCAUAUUUCAGGAGUGUCAACUGCUUGUGGAGAGACUCCAGAACAAAUUCGAGCCCCGAGUGGAAUAAUCACGAGUCCGGGCUGGCCUUCUGAGUACCCCGCCAAGAUCAACUGUAGCUGGCUCAUACGGGCAAACCCAGGGGAAAUCAUUACUAUAAGUUUUCAGGACUUUGAUAUCCAGGGAUCCAGAAGGUGCAGUUUGGACUGGUUAACAAUAGAAACAUACAAGAAUAUUGAAAGUUACAGAGCGUGUGGGUCCACAGUCCCGCCUCCAUAUAUCUCCUCGGAAGACCACGUGUGGAUCCGGUUCCAUUCGGAUGACAGCGUGUCCAGGAAAGGCUUCAGACUGGCGUAUUUUUCAGGGAAAUCCGAGGAGCCAAACUGUGCCUGCGAUCAGUUCCGCUGUGGUAAUGGGAAGUGCAUUCCAGAAGCCUGGAAAUGUAACAGCAUGGACGAGUGUGGAGAUAGUUCAGACGAGGAGGUGUGCACCAAAGACGCCAACCCGCCAACUGCGGCUGCUUUCCAGCCCUGCGCCUACAACCAGUUCCAGUGUCUGUCCCGCUUCACCAAAGUCUACACUUGCCUCCCCGAGUCCUUAAAGUGUGACGGUAACAUUGACUGCCUGGACCUGGGGGACGAGAUAGACUGUGACGUGCCCACGUGUGGGCAGUGGCUAAAAUACUUCUACGGCACCUUCAACUCUCCGAACUACCCAGACUUCUACCCUCCCGGGAGUAAUUGCACCUGGCUGAUAGACACUGGUGAUCACCGGAAGGUCAUUCUCCGCUUCACGGACUUUAAACUUGAUGGUACUGGUUACGGUGACUAUGUCAAAAUAUACGACGGGCUGGAGGAGAACCCUCGAAAGCUCCUGCGCGUGCUCACUGCUUUCGAUUCCCACGCUCCUCUCACGGUCGUUUCUUCCUCGGGACAGAUAAGGGUGCACUUCUGCGCCGACAAAGUAAAUGCGGCAAGGGGCUUUAACGCUACUUACCAAGUAGACGGCUUCUGUCUGCCGUGGGAGAUACCCUGCGGAGGGAACUGGGGGUGUUACACGGAGCAGCAGCGGUGCGACGGCUAUUGGCACUGCCCUAACGGGAGGGAUGAAAUCAACUGUACCAUGUGCCAAAAGGAAGAAUUCCCGUGUUCUCGAAAUGGUGUCUGCUAUCCUCGCUCUGACCGCUGCAACUACCAAAAUCAUUGCCCGAAUGGAUCCGAUGAAAAAAACUGCUUCUUUUGCCAGCCAGGGAAUUUUCACUGUAAAAACAACCGCUGUGUGUUUGAAAGCUGGGUGUGCGACUCCCAGGACGACUGCGGUGAUGGCAGCGAUGAGGAGAACUGCCCGGUUAUCGUGCCCACCAGGGUCAUAACCGCCGCCGUCAUCGGGAGCCUCAUCUGUGGCCUGCUCCUCGUCAUCGCCCUGGGCUGCACUUGCAAGCUCUAUUCUCUGAGGAUGUUUGAACGCAGGUCGUUUGAGACCCAGCUGUCCCGAGUGGAAGCCGAACUGCUGCGAAGAGAAGCCCCUCCCUCCUACGGACAGUUGAUUGCUCAGGGCUUAAUCCCACCCGUGGAGGAUUUUCCCGUUUGUUCACCUAAUCAGGCUUCGGUUUUAGAAAACCUGAGGCUAGCCGUCCGGUCUCAGCUGGGAUUCACGUCAAUCAGGCUUCCUAUGAGCGGCAGAUCCAGCAGCAUUUGGAAUCGUAUUUUUAACUUUGCAAGAUCGCGUCAUUCGGGAUCCUUAGCUUUGGUCUCGGCAGAUGGAGACGAGGUUGUUCCGAGUCAGAAUAGCAGCAGAGAAACGGAAAGGAGUCACCUUCACAGAAGCCUGUUUUCCGUGGAGUCUGACGACACAGACACAGAAAGCGAGAGAAGGGAUACGCCGGGAGCAUCUGGUGGGGUGGCUGCGCCUUUGCCCCAGAAAGUCCCUCCCACGACAGCCGUGGAAACCACGGUGGGAACCGGUGGGAAUUCCUCAACCCAGAGCACCCGAGGUGGCCCUGCAGAUGGAAGGGAUGUGUCAGGUGUGGAAGCCUCGGGUGUGAGCCCAGCCCGCCACCAGCUCACAAGUGCGUUAAGUCGUAUGACUCAGGGCCUGCGCUGGGUACGGUUUACAUUAGGUCGGUCGAGCUCCACAAAUCAGAACCAGAGUCCUUUGAGACAGCUUGAUAACGGGGCGAGUGGAAGAGAAGACGAUGAUGAUGUUGAAAUGCUAAUUCCAGUUUCUGACGGAGCUUCAGACAUUGACGCCAGUGACUGCUCCCGACCCCUCCUUGAUCUGGCCUCAGACCAAGUACAAGGGCUUAGGCAGCCUUCCAGUGCCGCGAACCCUGGAGUCAGAACCGGUAACCGCGAUGGCCCCUGCGAGCGCUGUGGCAUCGUGCACACAGCCCAGAUCCCAGACACUUGCUUAGAAGCAACGAUGAAGAGCGAAACGAGUGACGACGAGGCUUUGCUGCUGUGUUAGGAUGGCGCA